AUGGAGUACGAUGGCUCUGAGACCUCUGACCAUGGAUGGACGAAGGUCGAGAACCGGAAGCAAAAACAACAGGCGAAGAUUGUUGCGGAGAAGGAAUUGAGGAUGGCCAGGUAUAAGAAUAUGAAGGCGGAGGAAACCAAAAAGACGACGCCGAAAGUGUCUUUGCCCAAAGCUGCGGAAAAGGAGAAGAUACCGCCUGUGUCUCUGCCUGAAAGUGCAAAGCCGAAAGAAGUGUCUUUGCCCGAAUCUGCGGCAAAGAUCGAUGCUUCAGAUCUUGCGGCUUCCCUGGCCGAUUCAUCGGCCCCGAGUCUAUCAGAAACUUCAGAAGUGCCUAAGGGUCCGACCGAAUCUGCGGAGUACGAUGGCUCGGAGACCUCUGACCAGGGAUGGACGAAAGUCGAGAACCGGAAGCAAAAGCAACGGGAGAAGCAACAGGCGAAGAUUCUUGCGGCGAAAGAAGCGAGGGUGGCCAGGUAUAAGAAUCUGAAGGCGGAGGAAAUCAAAAAGACGCGGAAAGUGUCUUUGCUCGAAGCUGCCGAAAAGGAGAAGAUGCCGGCUGUGUCUCUGCCUGAAAGUGCAAAGCCUAAACAAGUGCCAAAGCUGCGGCAAAGAUAG